GCGAUUCGUCAGGUGAAACUCUGUGUCAACGUUAAAUUCUAUUUGUUAAUCGCGUCAUAAAAUUUCUUUCUCUAAAACCCGUGCCGUUCACCGUGAGGCGUUAUUAUUUUUGACAUUCACGAUUUCGGAGCAUUUUACAACCGUAUCGGUUAGCUGUCAGAUUGUCGGAGACACUGCAAUGCAUGUCACCUAACUUCUCUCGCAACCGUACCGUGGUAGUGGAAAAGCAACAUCGGAUGGAUAUCAGUCGGCUACGAGCCGUGAAGGAGGACAGAGUCAUGGAAGCCUGAUCGAUCUGAACAACCGUGUGUUGUCUCGCGCAUAGCGUUCGCCGUUGUCUCGAAAACGCCGAUUGUUUUAGCACCGUUUUAGAGGACUUUAUAGAUUCUGUCUCGCGUACGAUGCGUAGAGUAAACUCGGGCUGGUGACAUCAAGAAACGAAAAUAGAUGUCAUCGCGCAGAGCCACGUGACAGGGCGACAAUUCAUGUGACAGCGAGCGUGACACGCUGCAAAACAGUUAAAUCGUUUGACAAUUCGACGCACUUUGCCGUGACACGAAUGGUACGGAGGAACAGUAAUAAAAGAAAACAGUCGGUUUCGCCGGAAAACGCGCAGUGAAGUUGUCUCGGUGGGUGCUAUUGACCGCCAUAUUCAGGACAAUCGUUCGAGCCCAGAGUUUCGAAAAACCUCGGAAGGUGGUACGUCGGUGACACAGGCCUUGAAAGGUUAAGAAUCGGUUCUCUCGAACGUAUAGUCGCCGUAAAACGUAAAAUCGACAAAACGGGCAUAGUGGAAAAUCUGUCGUCGAAAUGGAGUUCAAGUUCAACGUAAAUAAACUCUUACCCAGGAAGAUCAACAAGGUCACGCAUACUCUCAUCCCGGAAGACUUCAAAGGCGAUCGUCGUGAAUUACACGAAUGUCAAAGACAAUUGGGCAGAGUCCUCGACGACAUGGGCGAGGCUUCAGCGAGGGCUCAGGGCUUGAACAAACCAAUAACCAGCUCCCUAAAACUUCGAGACACGGAUCAUUUGGUUUACUUAUUAGUGGACAAUGAAGCCAACAACGGACUGGGCUGCGUGGUGGGUUUGCUCAAGACUGGAUCGAAGAAUCUCUUCAUGUUCGACGAGACAGGAACUCAUUACCAGCUGAAGCCUAGGUGCGUUUUGGACUUUUACGUUCAUGAGUCUCGGCAACGCAUGGGUCUCGGGAAUAUUCUCUACGAGUACAUGUUGUCCGAGGAAAACAUUAAGCCGGUGAAGCUGGCGAUCGAUAGACCUUCGGGGAAGUUCUUAGCCUUUCUGGACAAGUACUACGGCCUCUCGAAAAUAAUUCCGCAGAAUAAUAAAUUCGUAGUCUUUCAAGGAUUCUUCGACGAUGAGCGCCAGGAUGUCAGAUCAAAUAGAUAUAGCUUGUCUCCUAAACUGUCUGUCGAUAUCGGUGGAGCAAACAACAUUCAUAACAAUAUUGGGAAAAGUAACUCCAGCAUGAAUGGCGUCCAGUAUUCUCCAUUUGUUGGGCGCAAUUCGUUCGGCAGAUACGCCGCGGCACGACCGCCGUGUUCCAUGGCGAAUAUAAUCCAUAACACUGCUGUGCUUGGUCCAUCCGCCGAACGUACUGAUUAUUUUUACAGUGAAAACUCAAGGACAUCUACUGCUAUGCAAUUGAAACCAGACCGACCACGCUCAUUAAGUCUUUACUCUGAAGAGGAACAAAAACAACGCACAAACGAACUGUCCACGGUACCAACACCUGCUUUACCCGACCAUCAACCAACUCCCCUCGCUACCAUAUUACGGGAAACGGAGAAAAUUGAAAAGAACAUAAAACCAUCUCCCUCGUGUAGUCAAGAAGUAGCUGGUACCAACCAACACACUCGAUUGGACCUUAAAUUUUACCAUUCACCUUUAUGGUAAUACAACUAAAAGAAAUGAAAAAUUAAUAUUCCUCUGGAUAGAAUUAUUUUUUAUUUGUUAGUUGUCUUGAAGAAAUUUAUGUUGAAAAAUGUUAUUACUUGCAUACGUGACAAUGUCGUAAAACUUUACCUUCGGUAAUAAGAUUCUUAUGAAAAGGUAAUUACUAAUAAGUUUGAUGGUGAUUAAACAAUUAUCAAACAGAUACAAAGAAACCUCUAUAUCAAUUGACAAAAAUAGUUUUUCUCUACUUUCCGGUCGAUAUAAACAUUUAACAUAUUAACAUUGAUCUUUAUUUAAUUAUAUAUUAUUAUGAAACUGCACUGAAAGCUAGUAAAUGUAAAAUGAGACCUAAGAACUAUUUAGUAUCAGAUCACGGUAAUUAAAAUUUGGAAGUUAUUUCUCGCUUAAUGUACUUCAUUACUAUUUUUUGUAUCGUUUUAAAUAAUGCUUUCAUUAUAAAGUAAUUUCUAAAGUUCUAAUUAGACUUCUCUUGAAUAUGAUUGCAAAAAAGGUAUUUGUACUAGUAUAAAUAUCUAACGAAUGUAUUUCAAUGAUUAAUUAUGACGUUGAAAUUGUUAGUAACUUUGCAUUUAAAAAAUGAGUUCAAAUCGUAGUACAUGACUAACAAUAAUCGUGUAGAAUCCAUAUGUAAGCUGGCUUGUAAUUUUAUACCUAUACGAAAACGUACAAGACGUUUCGCAUAUACCGCAAAUGUAGUCAUAUAUAAGUUCAUUAUGUAAAUGAACUUAUCAUUCCUUCUUUUUAUAAUAGUGCACUAUAAUUAGAUUUAUUAUUAUUCAGUUUCAAUCUUGUCGCGUUCGAUACUCCAUUAAAACAAACGAAAAUUUUCGUACAGUCUAUAUUUAUCAAUCACGCCUUGAAAAUUUUGUACCUUCUAGUACUAAAUUCGUAGAAAUCUAUGAAUUUUAGAUAACGGGAUAAUACCUAAGUAUGUAUAAAAAUGGAAUCGUUGUCGAAAAA